AGGAGAGCUCCCUCACCGUUGCCACCAUGAGCGAGUCAUUUGACUGUGCAAAAUGCAGCGAGUCCCUGUAUGGCCGAAAGUACAUCCAGACAGACAGCGGCCCCUACUGUGUACCCUGCUAUGACAAUACCUUUGCCAACACCUGCGCUGAGUGCCAGCAGCUCAUCGGGCAUGACUCGAGGGAGCUGUUCUAUGAAGACCGCCACUUCCAUGAGGGCUGUUUCCGCUGCUGCCGCUGCCAGCGCUCCCUAGCUGAUGAACCCUUCACCUGCCAGGACAGUGAGCUGCUCUGCAAUGACUGCUACUGCAGUGCCUUCUCCUCACAGUGCUCUGCCUGCGGGGAAACUGUCAUGCCUGGGUCCCGGAAGCUGGAGUAUGGAGGUCAGACGUGGCAUGAGCACUGCUUCCUGUGCAGCGGCUGUGAGCAGCCACUGGGCUCCCGUUCUUUUGUGCCCGACAAGGGUGCUCACUACUGCGUGCCCUGCUAUGAGAACAAGUUCGCGCCUCGCUGCGCCCGCUGCAGCAAGACGCUGACACAGGGUGGAGUGACAUACCGUGAUCAGCCCUGGCAUCGAGAAUGUCUGGUCUGUACCGGGUGCCAGACGCCCCUGGCAGGACAGCAGUUCACCUCCCGGGAUGAAGAUCCCUACUGCGUGGCCUGUUUUGGAGAACUCUUUGCACCUAAGUGCAGCAGCUGCAAGCGCCCCAUCGUAGGACUCGGUGGAGGCAAGUAUGUGUCCUUUGAAGACCGACACUGGCACCACAGCUGCUUCUCCUGUGCCCGCUGCUCUACCUCCCUGGUGGGCCAAGGCUUUGUGCCGGAUGGAGACCAAGUGUUGUGCCAGGGCUGCAGCCAGGCAGGUCCCUGAGCCAGUGCUCCUGGACCCAGGCUUUCCCAUACCAGGGCUCCCCCAGGACCAUGACUCCUUUUCAAAACCACCUCUGGGACCCAGCUCCUCCGCAAAAUGGGUCUUCCCCUGGGCUCCAGGAUUCAGUCUCCCCACUCCAACAUCCCCAAACUGGUACUCCCUGACCCAGGCCCCCAAAGCUGGGCUCUUAUAGGGCCUCCAUGAUUCACGCCCUCUCCCCAAACUUGGACUCCAGAGCUAAGUCCUAUCUUCUACAGUUUGGGUUCCCAGACCAAGCCCUCUCCCCACAUCAGGACUCUAGACCCCAGCCCUCCAAUCCCAGACUCUGGGACCUAGGCCCCCCUUAAAUCUAGACUUCUCUUCAUAGACUUUAGGUCUCCUCUGGGUGCCUGAGAAGUCUUCAAAAGUGGACUGUACUCAGGCUUGAUCCACUCCAUCCCAUCCCUAUCCCCAGGGCUGGGGCUGUCUGGGAAGCAGAUCAGGGGCUCAGUGAUUAGGGGGUUCUAGGGUACAGGGUACUGCCCAGCCUGUGUCUGUUGAGUGUCUUCACAUUUUGGCAUUUUAUUUCAGCUCCAUUUUGCCCAGAGAUGGGCAAGGGGUGGGAUUGGCUCACCCCCUUCCUGAGUCUGCAAUAAAGCAAUGUGAAGAACUA